CUUGGGCAGAUUUGACCCUCACAUAUAUACUGUAGCUAAUCCUGUACAGUUACACGCAGUUACACAGAGAGAGAGAGAGACACUUGCAUGCUCGUGCACCUCUAGGGGGACUCCCGACUUGAGUGAAUAGUAGCAGCGCGUGAAGGGAGCAUGAAGACGAACGUGACGGUUUUUCGACCAGCGCGCGCAAGAAUGUAACCAUCGCCCUACACGCGCUGUCGGAUAACACACAGUUCCAGUCGUGAUUUUGCCUCUGAAACGCGCUGCGGAUUUAUGGGGUUUAUGACUCUGUUGGGUGAGAGAUGCAGAGAUCUCAGCAGUACACCAGGAGUUUCUAUUGACCCUGUGCUGGAGGGGCUGUCCCAGAACCCACAAACAAACCUUGCAUGUGUUCAGAAAACCACCGGUAAUAUUAUCUCUCGAGUCUCUACACUAGAGUAAAUGCGGUGCCUUGUAAAACAGAGCAGUGCCAAACAAAGGGGAAGCCACACAGCAUCCCAGAUGGCAAUCAGUAAAGUUGGUUGAGAGUGUGCAGGGUUGAAAUCCGGCUACUUGGAAGAAUAUAAAAUAAUGUCUUGGGUCAACGGCUUUAAAGCUACCAGAGUGGACAACCACAAGACGGCAUGGGGUGAACGCAAUGGCAGGAAGUCGAGGCGUAAAAGGGACUCGUCCCUGUGUAACCCACGCUACAUGAGCUGUCUUCGGGAUCCUGACUCCAUGGAUCGUCCAUCGCAAAACUACUCCCGUGCAGCGGGCGGUGCCACCAGCAGCAACUUCAGCACACGCUGCGUCUGGCAGGAAGACCACUAUGGCAAGAAGGGUGAUCUAGGUUUGAGAUCCGUAGACCUGGCUUUCGAAGAUGCAGAGACGAGGCAAACAAAAGGUGGUGAGGACUCGGAUGAUGGUGGGGAGGAGAGGAAUGGUCCGGACAGGUGUUUUUUGGCUUGCUUGUCGCGGUUGACUCAUGUCUUUCAGACCAAGAAGUUCCAGUCCACCAAACUUGAACGACUGUAUCAGCGAUACUUCUUCAGGCUAAACCAGAACUCUCUUACGAUGCUGAUGGGGAUGCUAGUUGUCGUUUGUGGCGUCAUGCUGGCUUUCCACUGCGUCCAAGGUCCACCUGAUGUGGCAUACGCCACUGUGCUUUCUGUAGCCAUGGCCCUCUUUUUAGUAUUGACGGUGGUGUGUAACAGAAAUUGCUUCCAUCAGGACUACAUGUGGAUUGUAAGCUACCUGGUGAUGGUGGUGUUAAUGGUCGUGCAGGUGUUAGGCGUGUGGAUGAUGGCUCCCCGCAGCUCCUCUGAAGGGAUCUGGUGGACGAUGUUCUUCAUCUACAUCAUCUACACGCUGCUGCCGGUGCGAAUGAGAGCGGCCGUUAUUACUGGGGCUGUGCUUUCCACAAUUCAUGUUAUAAUGUCAUGGAGACUCAACCUUGAGGACAGUCUACUUUGGAAACAGAUAGGUGCCAAUGCAAUGAUUUUCCUGUGCACCAACAUCAUUGGCAUCUGCACACACUACCCAGCUGAGGUGUCUCAGAGACAGGCCUUCAAAGAGACUAGAGGAUAUAUCCAAGCCAGAUUACACCUUCAGAGAGAAAACCAGCAGCAGGAACGCCUGCUGCUCUCGGUGCUGCCAAGGCACGUUGCCAUGGAGAUGAAGGCAGACAUCAGCGCCAAGAAAGAGGAUAUGAUGUUUCACAAGAUCUACAUCCAGAAACACGACAACGUCAGUAUCUUGUUCGCGGACAUCGAGGGCUUCACCAGUUUGGCAUCGCAGUGCACAGCCCAGGAGCUGGUCAUGACCCUUAAUGAACUUUUCGCCCGCUUUGAUAAAUUAGCUUGGGAAAACCACUGUCUGCGGAUCAAGAUCCUGGGGGAUUGUUAUUACUGUGUGUCUGGACUUCCGGAACCUAGGGCCGAUCACGCUCACUGCUGUGUGGAGAUGGGGGUGGAUAUGAUCGAGGCUAUAUCAUUGGUUCGAGAGGUGACCGGAGUGAAUGUAAACAUGCGUGUGGGUAUACACAGCGGCCGGGUGCACUGUGGGGUACUCGGGCUACGCAAAUGGCAGUUUGAUGUCUGGUCCAACGAUGUCACACUGGCCAACCAGAUGGAGGCUGGAGGCCAAGCAGGGCGGAUCCAUAUAACCAAAGCCACGCUGCAGUAUUUAAAUGGGGACUAUGAAGUUGAACCAGGUUUUGGAGGGGACAGAAACGCAUAUCUUAAGGACAACAAAAUUGAGACGUUUUUUGUGCUGGGCUGCAGUCAGAAAAGGAAAGAAGAAAAGGCCAUGAUGGCUAAAAUACAGAGAGCUAAGGCCAACUCUUCAGAAGGCUUGAUGCCACGGUGGGUUCCUGACAGAUCUUUUUCUAGGACUAAAGAUUCAAAAGUCUUCAGACAAAUGGGCAUAGAUGAAGCCUCCAGCAAAGAUAACCGCUGUGUUCAAGAGGCUUUAAAUCCAGAGGAUGAGGUUGAUGAGUUUUUAGGCCGUGCCAUUGAUGCUCGCAGCAUCGACCAGCUGAGAAAAGACCACGUGAAGAAGUUCCUGCUUACAUUCCAAAAGCCUUUCCUGGAGAAAAAGUACUCAAAAAAGGUGGAUGAACGUUUCGGUAGUUACGUGGCCUGUACCCUCCUCGUCUACUGCUUCAUUGUUUUUAUUCAAAUCAUCAUCUUUCCCCGUACUCCCUUAAUGCUGGGCAUGUUCAUCAGCAUCUUUAUUAUCCUCACCAAUGUCCUCUUCAUAUGUGCCAUUUAUUCCUGUGUUAAGUUUUUUCCAGCUGCCUUGCAGACAGUAUCAAAGAGGAUUGUGCAGUCCCGUACAAACAGCACUGUAGUCGGAGUCUUCACCAUUCUGCUUCUCUUCAUCUCUGCUUUUGUUAAUAUGUUUACCUGCGACCGAGUAAAUCUACUAGAUUGUGUAGCCAAACAGUCGAAUGGUUCGGAUUUGGUCGCUGUGUGUCUGUUGUACAAUCUAACUGGAACAGCAAAGGACCCACUAACACUGUGUGAUCAAACUUCACCAUGCCAUUUACCUGAGUAUUUCACAUACAGUGUGCUGCUGACUCUGCUGUGCUGCUCCGUGUUCCUACACAUCAGCAGUAUAGGCAAGCUGAUCCUCAUGGUCUUCAUUCAGAUCUGCUUUCUGCUGCUUGUAGAAUGGCCACUGGCCACUCUGUUGACCAAUGCCGACCUUCUGGUCAAUGCCAAGGCACUGUCUUUUAAUGGAACAGAGAAUUGCCAUCAAACGGUGAAUAAAGUUUCUCUAAGAGUGACGAUUCCAGUCAUCCUUACUGUAUUUGUAUUGGCACUUUACCUGCACGCACAGCAGGUCGAGUCCACAUCUCGCCUUGACUUCCUGUGGAAGCUACAGGCGACUGAAGAGAAAGAGGAGAUGGAGGAACUGCAGGCCUACAAUCGUCGUCUCCUUCACAACAUCCUGCCCAAAGAUGUGGCUGCCCACUUCCUUGCCAGAGAGCGGCGAAAUGAUGAGCUUUACUAUCAGUCGUGUGAAUGCGUGGCUGUUAUGUUCGCGUCCAUCAGUAACUUCUCAGAGUUUUACACUGAACUGGAGGCCAACAAUGAGGGCGUGGAGUGCCUGAGACUCCUGAACGAGAUCAUCGCUGACUUUGAUGAGAUCAUUUCUGAGGACAAGUUUAAGCAAUUAGAGAAGAUCAAAACUAUUGGAAGUACGUACAUGGCAGCAUCUGGACUGAACGACUCGACGUACGACAAAGAAGGCAAAACCCACAUUCUAGCUCUGGCCGACUAUGCCAUGAGGCUACGAGAACAGAUGAAGUACAUCAACGAACACUCAUUCAACAACUUUCAGAUGAAAAUAGGCCUGAACAUUGGACCAGUGGUUGCUGGUGUGAUUGGAGCCAGAAAACCUCAGUAUGACAUAUGGGGAAACACAGUGAAUGUGGCCAGUCGCAUGGACAGCACAGGUGUUCCUGAUCAUAUCCAGGUGACCACCGAUCUUUACCAUGUAUUAGCAAGUAAAGGUUACAAGCUGGAAUGCCGUGGACUGGUGAAAGUAAAGGGGAAAGGAGAUAUGACCACUUACUUCCUCAAUAGUGGUCCUGCCUGCAGUUAACAUUGACCAAAUGUAUCUUGAUGCACUGAAUUGCAGGAUGGAUGAUACAGAACGCUCUGAAUGAGUUUUGAACUUGAUCUUGAACAGAUCCAAAUAUAACCACUCACAAGCUCUUUUGUCUGAGCAUUAGUGGAUAUGUGUAGUAUUUAAAAUACGCACCUAUUGGGAAUAAUGUACGAUUUAAUGAAGAACUGUUGCCUUGGAGACAACAUUGAAGAAACCUUUGUUUUGUAGAAAAGACUUUUUUUCUGUACCAAAAUUUGAAUUCUUUAUUUAUUUCGACAGGUUUUUAAAGCAUGUAAAUAAAAAGAGACUUAAACCUGAUUAUAUAUGCAAGCAUCACGGAGCAAGAAGAAACUGACCAAAGAACAAAGUAUUUGAUGUAGGAACAUGACACAUCUGCUAAUCUGUUUGAUAUGUCUGUAGACAGCUGUUAUACAAUUGUCUGGUUUUGGUUUUGUCCUCCUGUAACUCUACCACAAAGGCCAUAUUCUAGUAUAGACACUAAUGCAAAAAAUCUGCUGUCAAUAAAGGCCUUAGAGACUGUGGUUUUCUUAACUACCGGUGGCUUGUAUUUACUACGAGUUAUGAAGAUUGUUUUUCUGUUUUAGUUUUUGUGUACAAAUGAGAUCAACUCAAAUGAAGGAUAAGAAAUAGUAUUAGAUAUGCUAAGUAUUUUUGCAUUGCCAUUUGUACGAGUGUGUUUGUGUGCGUAGGACUGUCUGAGUAUCUUCAAAGGGCAUAACAGCUCACUGUGACAUUUAUAAAAUUUAUUUAAAAUAGCAUUAUUACAUGUUAUUUUAGUUUCAUUUCGGUCUUUAUUUUCUUCUAACAGUGGUCAUUUCCCCUUCAUGUGAAUUUGUAGAUCUUAUUCCUGCAAAGAAUAUAAAGCCACAUGUGACCAGCACGUCUACACUGUGAAAAGUGAAAGUUGGAUCUAGUGAAACAAAUUACCUUUAAUCUGUAACACUUUUAAAAAAUGAGUUUUGUCCGUUAGAAUUUUUCACUUAAGAAAAUUUAAGGUGAAAAAACUUUCAAAAGUUAACCUACUUUAAUUGGUACUUAAAUUUUCACUUUAAAGGGACACUCCACUUUUUU